CUUUCAGUUCAGUGUUCAGAGACACCAGAAAGUUUUUUUUUAAAGGCUGCGCUUUCUGCCAUUGGUAAAAGGCAAUAUUACUGGGCGUUUGUACGUGCGAUGUAACCUCACCAAAACUAUGCAGAUUCCUAGUCAGAUAGAUGUUGGCCCGAAUGGGAUCAAGUUCAUUCUUUUCCCAUCACGGCAUUGCGAGCCCUCCACUAACAUGUGAAGGAAGUCAGCAGAAGGGGAGAGCGCAACAGGGACCCGGGGAACAGAGAUGGGGCCAAAAUCCAACUCUGGCUUCUAUCUCAGUAAGAAGGCAGCUGUGUUUUUCGCCUUGCUCAUCUUGGCGUUGCUGGUGAUUUUAACUGUCUUUGCAGUUCUUUACGCCAGGCUGAGGGCUGAGAAAACCCAAGAGGUCGCCCCUACGACCCGGGAGCCCCCCAGCAUCAGCAGCUCGAUGCUGCCCGUGGCUGAACGCUGUGGGCCAUGGAAUAAUUCCCGUUUACCGAGCAGCCUGCUCCCCAUCCAUUACCAGCUGGAGCUGUGGCCAAAGCAGGUGCAGCCCGGCAAGGACCAGCGGUACUUUUUAACCGGCCAGGUUAAUGUGACAGUGAUGUGUCUAGAGGAGACCGAGGUGUUCCUGAUUCACAGCCAAAACCUCAAUUACUCCGGGUUGAGUAUCACUGCAGCCGGCCGCUCUCCUCAGCUGGACCCUCUCCCUGCUCCCAACAUUCAAGAGAUCUGGCUUGAAGUUAACAAUGACUAUCUGGUGAUCGAACUGGACGGGAAACUGGUGCCGGGACAGGAGUACAUUCUGCAAAGCAACUACAGCGGGGAGCUGGACCAGGAGCUGAACGGACUCUUCAUCAGUCACGACCCGGAACGUCAGCACCAAAAAAUUGUCGUCGCAUCCUUGUUGGAACCAACACAUGCCCGGUCAGUUUUCCCAUGUUUCGAUGAACCUGCUAUGAAGGCAACUUUUGACAUCAGACUUGUGAACCGCCCUGAGUUUGUAGCAAUUUCUAACAUGCCAGCAAUUGAUGUUUCUGAAAGACUGGACGAGGAUGGUAAAUGGAAAGUUACAACAUUUAACACCACUGUGAAGAUGUCUACCUAUACAACUGCUUUUGUUAUUUUUGACUAUGAUUACAUUAACACAACUUAUAAUGACAUAGAGAUUCGUGUGUGGGCAGAUAAAACAGCCAUAUCAAAUGGUGAAGCUGAAUAUGCAUUAAAUAUUACAGGCCCAAUACUCGCAUACUUUGAAAAGUAUUAUGAUGUGACUUAUCCUCUCCCCAAAUUAGAUAUUGUAGCUUUGCCUCACUACGGAGCAGAGGCAAUGGAAAAUUGGGGUCUGCUGCUAUUCCGAAAGAAUUCAUUGUUAUCUGAUCCAAAGAAGGAAUUAUCUGAAAGAUUAGCCAUAUCUUCAAUAAUUGCACAUGAGCUGGCACAUCAGGGUGCAUCCAUCAUCCAUAUGAUCUCCAACUUUAUGACAGAGGAGCUGUUUGCAAAAGGCCUCAGAUCAUACCUCAAGGCCUUUUCUUAUUCAAAUGCUGAGGCAGAUGACAUGUGGAAUCAUUUGCAGAUGGCUAUAGAUAGUCAGGAUGUUAUUAAACUGCCAGCAUCAAUAAAAUCCAUCAUGGACACAUGGACAAUGCAGGAAGGAUUACCUAUUAUAACAGUUAAUACAACAAGUGGCACUGUAAAACAGGACUACUUUGGAAAAUCAGAGGAAAACAGAAAUUCAAACUACUCAUGGUAUAUUCCUAUUUUCUGGAUGAAGAAUGGAUCAAUGCAGCCACUUAUCUGGUUUGAUGAUGAACAUAAAACAUACCCUGAGAUAAAACGCACCACAGAAGAAGAAUGGAUUCUGCUGAACAUCAAUAUAUCCAGCCUCUGUAGAAUUGUCUAUGAUGAUUCAAAUUGGCAGAAGCUAAUUCGACAACUAAACAAAGACCCAACAGUCAUUGGUGAGAAAGAACAGAAAAUUUUAGUUAAAUCAGCUCAAAAGUAUUUGCAAGCCAUCUGGACUGGAAAUAUUGACAUCCGAACUGCUCUCAGUACAACUACUUAUCUUGCUAAGGAACAGGAUAAUAAUGUAUGGACUGUAGCCUUUAUUUACUUAAGCAGGCUUGAAAUAGUAACAAAGACCACCUAUACAUUUGGGCUUUACAAGAAAUAUAUUUUCAGUCGAAUUGUUCCAUUUUAUUAUCAUCAAAUGAAAUUGAUGAAUGAAGAUUUCAAUAAUAUUCAUAAUAGCAGUGUUGAAAAAACAAUAUUCAUUAGAACUCUUAAAAAAUUGUAUCUACUUGAUCUAAAGGACUUCAUGGAUCGCGCAACAGAUCUUUAUUCACAACUGAUGAGUAAUCCGGCUAACAACACAAUUCCAAAUUAUGCUAGACGCUAUAUUUACUGCGAGGCCAUUAAAGCUGGCACUGAAAAAGAAUGGAACUUUGCAUGGACACUUUACCAGAAUUCAUCACAAGAUGAUGAAGGAUUACUGUCUGCUAUGGGUUGUAGUCGAGAACCAUGGAUUCUAUCCAGAUAUUUGCACUAUACUCUGGAUGAGUUAACAGUCUCUCAGAAGCAUUCAUAUAGAGUUUAUCAGUCGGUGGCAGAAAAUCCAAUUGGUUGGCCUUUAGUAUGGAACUUCUUAAGAGCAAACUGGAAUAGUAUUAAUACUAACUCUACUUAUCACCUUGAACUGAUAACUUUACUUCAAGUAGUUGGUGAAGGGCUCCUAACUGAUUUUGGAUUACAAGAGUUUAAAUUAUUCCUGAACAGUACCAUUGAUGAAGGAGAAUGGGCAGAUAUGGUUGAACAGAUCAUUGAUCUCUCACAGGAUCUUUUGAAUUGGAAGAAGAAGAUUCACACCGAAGUUCACAAUUGGUUAAGUGAAUACAUACCUGCAGACUAAAUCAGCACCAAAAUUCAGGAACAUAGUAAAGGUCCAUUGGCUCAAACAAGACUGUUAUUUUCUCAUGAAUCAAUCCCAACCACCUAAUUUGCACUAUAUCUUUCAUGUUUUCUUUCUCCAAAGGUUUCUUUAACUUAUUUGUACUGAUAACUUCAAUCACCUUUCCUGUUAGGCGACUGCACAAUUCUAGUAUUAGUUGAGAGUAGAAGAUAUGCUUGACUUCUAUUCCAGAUAUAAAAGCUCAAUUUUAACUUGUUCACCAGUAUAUAUGUCUUCACUUCAAUAAAGAAAAACAAACUGGCACGAACAUUAUUUGGCAGAAUGUUACUGGCCCUGGAGAGGUAGGAAUUGAGGUGGCCUGGGGAAGGCUUUGUAUAUGGAAUGUGGCUGCACUAGGUCAGCUUCUUGUUGUCUUCCCACCUUCGACCAAUGUUACCAGAUGCUGACAGCAGGAACCAUCAGCAGUUGACAGAUUACCAACAAUUAGUUAACGACCAACUGACAAUUGUUUUACUGCAUUUUCCAACUGCUUGGAGCCAUCUGUGUAGCAGCUGAGGAAGUUGAGGAAGCUAUCAGACAUGGUUGAGGAAUGUUCAUGGGGACAAUGUGGCAGCUUUGUGGUCACAACAAAGGCUCUCCAUUCAAGGUGUGUACUAUCAAAGGCUAAGCUUCAUGGAGAUGUCCAAGUACAAAUGUAAUAUGCUGGAGGGGGAGUUGAUGCCAAUGGGAAGUGAUGGACAUCCAGUAACUUCAAAGGUGAUGUUUGUACUUAAAAGAUUUUGCUCGUGAUUCAUUCCUGGUACCAUGUGGCUCCAUCAGUUAGCAGCCCUUUGCUGCAAAAACGGCAUGUGCCGUGAAGCUGGCCCAUAUAUCCAGUUCACAAUCAAUAGGACCAGUCAGGCCUAGACAGGAGUUACUUUGGGGCCCUGGCUGAAAUUUCCUCAGGUGCAACAAGUUAUUGGCUGUAUUCAUAUGGUCAUUAAAGCUGCCUCAGAAUCUGUGAACAGGAAAGUGUUCCAGUCCCUCAAAUCAUUUGUGACCACUGUGACAGAUCAGACAUGUCCCAAAUGCCUCAAUUGUUCAGGCCAGCAUGCCUUCAUGCUGAUUGUAGGGAACGAGGAUUAUUCCCUGAGGUCACGGCUUCUGACCCCUGUAUACAACCUGAACACAGGACACAUAAAACUUCUAUUAUAUGACUACAAGGGCCACCAUCAAGUAGGUCAUUGGCCUUUCGAAAGGUUUAAAUGUCUCUGAAGACAUCAAGAAGACAUUUGAUUCAACUUCAAGGACAUCCGGUACAUUGCAGAACCUGUUGCUCCACUGGGAGUAUGGCUAGGCACUGAGUAAGCCCCAUCCUUACAGGAAGAGGGAGAUAAAAACAAGGCACCUCAAUAUAUGCCAACUGAGGGGCCCAGCACAUAGGUUAGUGACAUGCACAGCAGGAUACAUUUAUGACUCUUUGAUCACCAGACAUUUCACUUGAGGACAAGUGCACAGGGCUCCCAAGUCAACCACUUCUUUGCCAGAGAAAGGCCGGCUGACAGUUUAUCAGAAAUACUUUGCAUCUCUCUAUAACAUGUGGUCGUACAUGUAAGUCCUAUCAACACAGAUGCUCAUGAUGCCCUUAAUAUUACAUACCAUCCAACGAUUUGAUUCCACAUCUGGUCACUAUAAACUGUCGUUUAAAAUUAAAAAUGUGAGCCUUUAUACAUUGAAUGUCAAGCACUUUAACUCUCAUUAAAUAUGAAGUGCUACUGCAGUUAACAAAUUAUUCUCAUUCGGUCAAACUAUAAGUGUAAGUUCCCCCAUCCAAUCAUGCAUUCACUUGCAAACAUUUCUAUCAGUAUUACUGCUGCACCAGAUGCUGAGAUGAGUGUUGCCUGCUGCCUUUCUUGCUCCAGUGAAUUAGCUGGCAAUAGUUUGCAACUUUGGGGGCCUGACACAUUAGAGUCACCUGUAUCUGUGCAGGUUUCACAUCAGUCAUCAGACCAGCAUGCAACUUUUAUAUCACCAUCAAAUGGCCAAGGAUUUACCUUUGAUGAUCAAAGCACUUUGUAAUGAGUCUCCAUUACCUUCUGCUUGCCCUCCCUGAGCCUUUUCAGAUCCCUCAAGCCUCAAUUGUUUGGUUUCAAUGCCUGCCAGCAGUCAUUCCCCCUACCCCUCACCUCAGCUCACUCCACAGACCUACAGGAUCAGGCAACAUUAUGAGCAUUCGUGCAAAGUCCAUUGCAGUGCUUUGUUCCAUGUACCUUUCCAUAAGGGUUAUCAUUUGUGAUUGGAACUUCACAGCCUCUGAAAACUUUACAGAUUUCCCAAUGUUGCUGAAGCAUCGACUUCUUUGCUGAUGAUACCCGGAGCUUGUCAUCUGCACGGUGCUGUGCACUAGUGGAUCUCUCCUCACUUUAGCGGCUACACCUGCCACUGCCUCCCCUUCUCCUCCUGCAUGUUUGUGCUGACCAGAUUGUUAUGCCCAUUCCACACUUUAUGGCACUUCUGUCCUGGUCAUUCUAAGAAAGUGUAAAUGUGUAGCAUAGUGCCACUAGGAGGGCAUGGUGUAGCAGCCAUUCAGCAAUCUGAAUGUAGCAUUCACCCAUCACUAAUCAUACAGUUUAAAGAACUGGGUUCCUCAUGUAGAUUUUGGUGCUUGCUAUUGCCUCUUACCUCAGCCCAUAUGUCCUGGGUAGUUUCUAAUUCAUGCCCGGGCUUCCAUUUUCCCAUGUUAAAUGCUUCUCACUCUUUCAAACUGCAGCAGGUAAUUACGUUUCUUCCAGCACAGGAUCUGUGUUCUUACAACAUCCACUUCAUUGCUUAUGCAGCAACUCCAGGUAUGCUUUCUGGCUGAGACCAGCUGCCUUCUCUGCUCAACUGUUGGAAUCUUGGAGCGACCCCAAAAGUUGAAAACCCAACUCCUUUACUGUUAUACAGAAUGUUCUUUGCCGUUCUCCUCUGUUAACAUUGUCUAUGAUUAAAUGAGCAGGGCUACACACAGUAUCUUAGAUGCAUUGAUCAAUGCCUUAAAUUGCAACAAAAUUACCUCUUUUAGUCAUGCAAAAUCCAGAAUUUUGCCAUUUUAUCUGCAGUUGUGCAUUCUACUUAUUGUUUCUUAGAUUUAUCAAUUAUAAUUCCAAAGAAUCUUUUUCUUGACAGCACUCUCCAUUUCACAUACAUUCAUUCUUUAGACUCUUGGUCUUGUAUAAACCAGUUCAAAAUUUAAUUGAAUCUAUUAUGUACAGGUUAAAAUCGUUCUGACUCUGACAAACGUUUUCCUUAAUCCAUCACCCCAUGUUCUUGUCACCUCCAGGGUUCUCUUCCAUUUCUGCUGCAAGAUUCCAAACCUACCUUUCCCUGUAAACUCCAGCACUUAGCCUCAUGGGACUGCCUGCAGUCCCAGUGGUGACCAGUGAUCCCAGUGGUGCUACUGGAACUAGAGCUGCCAGCCAAUCAGAGGCGGCAGUGUUUCCCAAGUGUGUGACUGAAGUUCUGCCUCCAGCCAAUUAAAACACCACCCAGUGUUCUGUAGCUGCGAGGCACUAGGCAUCAAUAGGGGCAAAGAUCUAGUCUUUUCUGUUUUUUUUAAAUACAAUUUUCCAUCUAGCAGUAUAUAUAUUCCAUAGUUUAUUGCCUUAUAAUAAUAUAAAUGUGUUGAAAGUUUUCUGAAAAUCUGAGUAAAUGCUAUCAACAUAUUCAUUUUGGUCUCUGUGCCAUUAAUUUCUUCUAAAGGUCCCAGCAAGUUAAAUAGGGAAUAUCUCUGCUUUCAUAAUCAAUAUUAAAUUGUACUUUGUCAAGUUUCCAGCAACCAGAGGUUAUAUUUUACUUUCUUCUUUUGUUUUCAUUGAAGAAUAAAACCGAUGUUGUCCACUUUACAAAUGCAUUUAUUUAUUGCCCUGCUUAAUAGAAGAAACCAUAUUCUAGAAAUUACAUUAGUAAAUAAACACUUAUUGACAUAGCCAUGAAAUUCCCAUAAGCCUCACCUACCAGGAGCUACCAGCCUCUGUGUGGGCAACAGAGCUUCAUUAUUUGGCUGCACCCAGGAUGGCUGGAGCUGCUUCCUGUAUUACACCCACCCAAGGCCCAGGAUCAAAAAUUGAUCCAGGCACUUGCAAGAAAUGGUGGGUGGGUGGUUGCAAAAUAGCUAUAUUGGCAGCAAGGGCAGGGGCAUGACUCUCAGCAAGAUGCCUCUCCCUAGUCUCCACAAUGCUGGGUUCCUCAAUCAUGCACUGAGUGCCUUACAAUGGAAGAGUCUCUCCAGCCUCCCCCAAAAAUCUCCAAGCAUCCUUGACUGGGUUUAUGUUCUGAAUUUGCGCUUAACGAGCACCCCACCCCAUCUUCCUGUUUGAUUAGAUGCUCUUCCUGCCACCAAAUCCACCAUUCAAGAGGAUAUUAAAUUUCCUGUAGUUUGAAAACUGCUUUCCUGCUACUUACUUUAUAUUGUCUAGCUCUUUCAUUGUUGUUAUAAUAUCCCAUUGUUCCUAUUGUGCAUAUCACUGGCAGAGCUUUGCAAUGUAGCAAGGAACCUAGGGAUAAUUUUAGCAUUUGCCAAUUGUAUAAAUGGGGAGAUAUCAGAUUGACCACUGUUACACACCUCUCCUGAUUUAUGUGUCCUUUGAAGUCUAGAGAGAAGAAAAUUAAUGAGAUGUAUAACAGGCAACUGAUCUAUGUAGCUUGUUUACAUGUUCACCAAAAAUUAAACUUACCUGUCUCAUCAAAAAUAUCCCUGAUUCCUUACUUCUAAUUUUCUGAUAAGCUGUUUACCACAUGCAAUAUCUACCAGUGGUGUGGAGUCUCAGAAAAUGUAUUUAAUUCAGCUAUGUUUUCCUUCUAUUCCUGAAAAAAUGAAUAUGAAAUAAGAAUUGAAUAACUUUCCUGUUUGCCCGAUCAUUUUGUAUUUUGUUUACCAAAUGUAUAAAUGAAAAAUCUUUAUCUUUACUUGAGGUAUUCCCACAACAGUAAUUUUGAUGUUUCAUCUGCCAAAUUUCUUUCACUUGUUUUUGCAUGUUUUUAUAGUAUACUUAUACUGUAUAAUAUGCUGAACAAGCACCAAGAAACAUUGAAUUAAAAUUCACUUCAAAUUGUAUCUUUAUUGUAUUUUUAUUAUCAAAGACACUGUAUCUUCUUGAAAUUCUGUACAGGAAGUGAUUUUAAAAGUAUAUUUAUUGAGCAUCCACAGUUUAUACUGUUGAUGAAUGGUUUUUCAAUCUUAGGAAUCAAUAAUAGGUACAGUAUCUAUUGUA